AUGUUGGCACACAUUUCCAAAAGCAAUGACAAUGAAGAACGCCUGCAGGUUGUAAAACUUCUAGCAAAAAUGUUUGGGGCAAAGGAUUCAGAGCUGGCAUCUCAAAACAAGCCACUUUGGCAGUGCUACCUGGGGAGGUUUAAUGAUAUCCAUGUACCUAUUCGUCUUGAAUGUGUGAAAUUUGCAAGUCACUGCCUUAUGAACCAUCCCGACCUAGCAAAAGACUUAACAGAAUAUCUUAAAGUAAGGUCACAUGAUCCUGAAGAGGCCAUAAGGCAUGAUGUUAUAGUGUCCAUAGUUACUGCUGCUAAAAAAGAUCUUUUGCUUGUCAAUGAUCACCUGCUUAAUUUUGUCAGAGAACGAACACUGGACAAGCGGUGGAGAGUGAGGAAGGAAGCUAUGAUGGGACUUGCACAGAUAUACAAGAAAUAUUCAUUGCAAUCAGAAGCAGGAAAAGAAGCUGCAAAACAGAUAUCAUGGAUCAAAGAUAAACUUCUGCAUAUAUAUUAUCAAAACAGUAUUGAUGACCGAUUACUUGUUGAACGCAUCUUUGCUCAGUACAUGGUUCCCCACAACCUGGAAACAAACGAAAGGAUGAAAUGUUUGUAUUACCUUUAUGCAACACUGGAUUCAAAUGCUGUGAAAGCAUUGAAUGAAAUGUGGAAAUGUCAAAAUCUACUACGACAUCAAGUAAAGGAUUUAGUUGACCUAAUAAAACAACCCAAAACAGAUGCCAGCAGUAAAGCUAUAUUCUCAAAAGUGAUGGUUAUAACAAGAAACCUUCCUGAUCCAGGGAAAGCCCAAGAUUUCAUGAAAAAGUUCACACAAGUUCUAGAAGAUGAUGAAAAAAUAAGAAGUCAGUUAGAAAUGCUUGUUAGCCCCACAUGUUCUUGCAAACAGGCUGAAGGAUGUGUGAGGGAGAUAACAAAGAAGUUGGGCAAUCCAAAGCAACCAACAAAUCCUUUCCUGGAAAUGAUAAAAUUUCUUCUUGAGAGAAUUGCUCCUGUGCACAUUGAUACUGAAUCCAUCAGUGCCCUUAUCAAGCAAGUAAACAAGUCUAUAGAUGGAACAGCUGAUGAUGAAGAUGAGGGUGUACCUACUGACCAGGCAAUCAGAGCAGGUCUUGAAUUGCUUAAGGUACUUUCAUUUACGCACCCUAUCUCAUUUCAUUCAGCUGAAACUUUUGAGUCUCUCCUGGCUUGCUUGAAAAUGGAUGAUGAAAAAGUGGCAGAAGCUGCAUUACAAAUUUUCAAAAAUACAGGAAGUAAAAUUGAAGAAGACUUUCCUCAUAUACGAUCUGCUUUGCUUCCAGUGUUGCAUCAUAAAGCUAAAAAGGGACCCCCUCGUCAAGCCAAGUAUGCUAUUCAUUGCAUCCAUGCAAUAUUUUCCAGCAAAGAAACCCAGUUUGCACAGAUAUUUGAGCCACUGCAUAAAAGUCUGGAUCCAAGCAAUUUUGAGCAUCUCAUUACGCCGUUGGUUACUAUUGGCCAUAUAGCCAUGCUAGCACCAGAUCAGUUUGCUGCUCCCUUGAAAUCUUUGGUUGCCACUUUUAUUGUUAAAGAUUUGCUAAUGAAUGAUAGGCUUCCAGGUAAAAAGACAACAAAACUUUGGGUCCCGGAUGAAGAAGUGUCUCCUGAAACGCUUGUUAAAAUUCAGGCCAUCAAGAUGAUGGUUCGAUGGUUGCUAGGAAUGAAGAACAACCACAGCAAGUCAGGAACUUCUACUCUGAGGUUGCUAACAACAAUAUUACACAGUGAUGGGGAUUUAACAGAGCAAGGGAAAAUUAGUAAACCUGAUAUGUCUCGGUUGAGGCUGGCUGCAGGGAAUGCUAUUGUGAAGUUGGCACAAGAACCUUGUUACCAUGAAAUCAUCACCUUAGAACAAUACCAGCUGUGUGCACUAGCCAUAAAUGAUGAAUGUUACCAAGUGAGACAAAUAUUUGCUCAGAAACUUCACAAAGGCCUUUCUAGACUACGGCUGCCACUAGAAUAUAUGGCUAUUUGUGCACUGUGUGCAAAAGAUCCCGUGAAAGAGAGAAGAGCUCAUGCUAGGCAGUGCCUUGUGAAGAACAUAAAUGUCAGAAGGGAGUAUCUGAAGCAACAUGCAGCAGUUAGUGAGAAACUGUUGUCACUUCUACCAGAGUAUGUUGUUCCAUAUACUAUCCACCUUCUAGCUCAUGACCCAGAUUAUGUCAAAGUCCAGGACAUUGAACAACUCAAGGACAUUAAAGAGUGCCUGUGGUUCAUACUGGAAAUACUGAUGGCUAAAAAUGAAAACAACAGUCAUGCGUUUAUCAGAAAAAUGGUAGAAAAUAUCAAACAGACUAAGGAUGCUCAAGGACCAGAUGAUCCAAAAAUGAAUGAAAAAUUAUACACAGUCUGUGAUGUAGCAAUGAAUAUCAUUAUGUCAAAGAGUACAACAUACAGUUUGGAAUCCCCUAAAGACCCUGUACUUCCAGCCAGAUAUUUUACUCAACCUGACAAGAAUUUCAGUAACACCAAAAAUUAUCUUCCUCCGGAAAUGAAGUCUUUUUUUACUCCUGGAAAGCCCAAAGCAGCCAAUGUUCUUGGAGCAGUUAAUAAGCCUCUUUCGUCAGCAGGCAAGCAGUCUCAGUCCAAAUCUUCACGAAUGGAAACUGUAAGCAAUGCCAGCAGCAGUUCAAAUCCAAGCUCUCCAGGAAGGAUCAAAGGGAGGCUUGACAGUACUGAAAUGGACCACAGUGAAAAUGAAGAAUUCACACUGGCUUCACCCUUACCAGGGAAGAAAACUGACAAAAGGGACGACUCUGAUCUUGUAAGGUCAGAGAUGGAGAAGCCUAGAGGAAGGAAGAAACCAGCUAUUACAGAUUCAGAAGAGAAAUUAAGCAUAGAUGACCUGAAUAAACUGGGUCAAGAGCAGAAACUUAGAGGUAGUCAACGGGGAAGGAAGAGACCUGCAGUUGUUUCAGAAUCUGAUGAAACACAAUGGCAAGAGGAAAAAAGGCUAAAAGAAGAUGUAAUAGAAAGUGAAGAUGAACAGAACAGUCCACCAAAGAAAGGGAGAAGAGGACGCCCUCCCAAAGCAAAUAACGGGGGAACACCAAAGGAAGAACCGGUAGCAAAGUCAUCAAAAAGGAGCAAAAAAAAACAACCACCAGCAGCUGCAGCAGAAGAGGAGGAGGAGGAGGAAGAAAGGCAAACUGAAAACAUUGAACAAAAGCCAAAAGGCAGGCAAAAUAGGACACCGAAAAGAACACAGCAGAGAGCAGAACCAUCUGAAACUAGUACAGUUGAAUCAGCACAGUCUACGCCACAGAAAAGACGAGGAAGGUCAUCAAACACACCACCAUCACAGCAAAAAAAAGUCCGUGCAGGACGUUCCAAACAAGCAGCCAGUAAAGAGAAUGAAUCUAGUGAAGAGAUGGAUGUAUUUCAGAGUAGUUCACCUGUCAGUGAUGACAUUCCCCAGGAGGAAGUAAUGGAAGAAGAGGAAGUUUCCACAAUCAAU